AUGCACUUUUCUCAUCCUCAUCUUAAUUCAUUUGUCGCUCCUGCACCUUCACCAGCUUUUCCUCCCAACCCAAGUCACAUUACGACACCAAGACACAUGGGUCAUCACCAUAAUCGUCGUUGGCACUUAACACGCAACGUCACUGCAGUUUCACCUUCCUCGCAUGACUGUCAACAGACAUGCGUGGAGCCUCUUACUUCAACUCCCUUUGGCUCACCUUGUGUUUGUGUUUACCCCAUGAAAGUCCAGCUUCUGCUAAGUGUCGCGCCUAUUUCUAUAUUCCCCGUCACCAGCGAGUUAGAAAUUGAGGUUGCUGCUGGAACAUACUUGGAACAAAGCCAGGUGAAAAUAAUGGGUGACAGUGCCGACAGUGAGAAUCAAGGGAAAACAGUGGUGGAUAUUAACCUUGUUCCACUUGGGGAAAAAUUUGACAAUACUACGGCCACCCUUAUUUACCAAAGGUUCCGCCACAAGAAAGUGCCUCUAAAUGAGUCUGUGUUUGGUGAUUAUGAGGUUACCCACAUAAGUUACCAAGGUAAAAUGAUAUUCUUUGUAACACAAUUUUCUACCCUUUCUUUGUUAUUCAUUCUCUUUAAACUUGUUAACUUCGCUUCAGGUACUCCUUCACCAUAUGGAGACAUUGUGGAGGGUGUUCCAAAUGCAAGUACUGGAGGGCUUCCAGUCACUGCAAUCUUUGCCAACAAACGCCAGGGAAUAGGUUUUAGAACGAUUGCAAUCAUUGUCUUGUUAGGUUUCGUGCUCGCUCUGGUUUUAGCUGGAGCUAUAUUUAUAGUCAGGACAUGGAAUGAAGUUGGGAGGUCAUCCACUUCUGUUGGCCCUGCAUUGGCUCCAUCAAUAAACAAAAGGCUCGGUGCUGGAUCUAUGUUUUCCAGUAGCGUCAGGAGCUCGGGAUCAGAUUCGCUGAUGUCUUCGAUGGCUACAUGUGCUUUAUCCGUUAAGACCUUCACACUUUCCGAGCUCGAGAAGGCAACUGAUAAAUUUAGUGCCAAGAGGGUUUUGGGCGAGGGAGGAUUUGGUCGUGUUUAUCAGGGUAGCAUGGAAGAUGGAACGGAGAUUGCCGUUAAACUGCUAACUAGGGACAAAUAG